AUGAACAAGCUACCAAGCCAGGAAGAGUUUGAGGCAACCCUCGCUGCCCGCAACGAGACGCUCCGCAACAACUGGAUCAAGACAAUGGAGGCGAGGAUCGUCAGGGAGGAGCUACAGAAGUGCCAAAAGGCAGAGGGAGUAAACCACUAUGCUGUUUGCAAGCCACUUGUGGAGACGUACCUGGAGUUGUUGAAGGAUGCAAAGGUGAGUGCUACAGCUAAAGAUCGAGCGGAAGGACACGGCCAGUCACGAAGUUAUGGCCAGAAGAGAUUCAGAUCGAGCAAGCGAGGUCACUGGACCAGGGUUGUUCUGGGCAUUGUGGGCUACACCUGUGACGAAGUCGGCAAAACAGGGCUGCCCGGGCUCGACAUGGUCGGCUCGUAUGUCAUCAGUAACAGCGCUGACCAUGGAUAUUUCGGCUUCACUACAGGUCAAGGGCUACAAGAUCGUCGACGAAGUGUAGAAUACGUGUCACAGCUCUGCAAUACACAAAAAUGA